AUGCAGGAGCUCCUGAAUGCGGAUGGUCGCGCUUACGAACUCGACAAUUUUCACAUCCUGGCGCUGCAGUCUGACUUCGAGCUGCUGGGCCAAGCUCUCCGCUGCCUCCCAAAGCGCGGGCGGCCAAGGGUGCGCCUGGAUGGUCCCCGCGAGCAGGGUGAGGAGGAGGGCGCGGAUGAGGAUGAGAACGAGGAGGAGCCCAUGAUUGUGGCAGAAGGAGGCUUACGCACGGAUUCCAGCUUAGGCUACCCGGAGUACCAAGGGCCAUCGCGUUGA